AUGGCGGCGAACGUGACGAAUAAUAGUGUUCAGUUCCAAGAUAACAUCUUCAUGGACGGGAUUUGGAGGGUCAAAGAGCCCGAGAUCGCCGACUUUUUCCACUUCAAAUUUACUCUUAUGAUCAUUCAGAACCUACUGAUUGUGAUAACCACCCGCUCCGUCGCCUACCUCCUCAAGCCUUUCAAUCAGCCUCGCAUUGUCGCCGAGUUGAUUGGUGCCGUACUUUUGAGCCCGACGAUCAUCGACAAACUCGAUUUUCGCAGCGAGUCGACGCAGCCGGUGAAGUCGCUGUACGGCUUCAUCUUCCCCCCGAUGACAUUUUCCAUGGUGGAAAUUUUUGGCUUCUUGGGGCUCAUCUACUACGUCUUCCUCGUCGCCGUCCGGCUCGAUUGCAAAGUAGUUAGGGAGAGGAGCAAGAAGGUGUUGCCCGUGGCCGCCGCCACCGUCGGCCUCCCGUUCCUCGCCGUCGUUAUCGCCAUCGUUAUCUUUGGCCUGUCCGCCCCGAUGGAAGGCAAAAGCCAGGCGGAGAAGGCCUCAUUCACUCUCAUCCUCGGCUUCGCGCUCUCUGUCCCUGCCUUCCCCGUCAUGGCGCGCCUCCUCGCCGAGGUCAAGGUCCCCAACGGAGAGGUCGGCCAGGUCGUGCUCCCGGCCGCUGUGGUCGGCGACGUGGCCUCGUGGAUCGUCCUUGCGGUGUGCUUCGCCUUCGACAGACCCGCCAACGAGGCCCUGGCACCGAUGUGGAUGGUUCUCGCCGGCGCAUGCCACGUGGCGGUGUGCGUGUGGAUGAUCAGGCCGCUGCUGGUGUGGCUCGGGCGGAAGGCGAUGGAGGCCGAUACCGUGACCAUUGAGUUCAUGGGCUUGGUGGCCGGCUUCGUACCGGUGGCAGCGCUGUCGGCAUCGGCCAUCGGCUUCCACCCUGCCUUGGGUGCACUUGUGCUGGGGCUGUCGGUGCCCAAGGGACAACUCAAGGCGGCGCUGACGCAGCGACUCGAGAACUUCGUCAUCAUUGCUCUGCUGCCUUUCACCAUCAUCAGCAGCGCCCACGCGACCGACAUGCUGGAAAUCUUCAAGCAGGAAGAGGGCGAGCCGGAGCACUACGUUCUGAGGUUGGCCUGUGUUUUGAUGGUGGCUACGCUGGCAAAGUUGGCGGCCGGCAUGAUGGUGUCGCCCCUGUUUUCCUUACCCCGAGCAGAGGGUUUGUCUAUCGGAGUCUUGAUGAACACGAUCGGACCCUUGGAGCUCAUAAUCCUCAACACGGGCAAGGAUCGGAAGAUCUUCAAUGAGAAGAUGCGCGUAGUGCUGCUGGUCGCGUCGGUGGUUUCCACGGCGACGGUGAGACCGAUUUUAACGGUGAUCGAAGCGCGCAAGCUCCGCCGGGCUCCUGCUCCUGCAUACAAGAAUCGGAACCUGCAACUCUCUGGCUUCGAGUCCGACCUGCGAGUUGUGGCCUGCGUCCACACUUUCCGGAACGUCCCCUCCAUCACCAGCCUCCUCUACCUCGCCAACCACUUCCCUAUCUCCGUCUGCGCCGUCCACCUCGCCGAGCUCAUCGGCUCCGCUCCGCCGAUGCUCGUCGUGCACGACGCCGUCGACGGUCAACGCGCCAUUCCCAUCGACGACAUUCACACCACGACGUCCUCUACGCCGGACAACCCGGUGGAUUCGCAGCUCAUCACUUCCGCCUUCGAAAGGUACCAGCAACGGUCGACGAACGUCACGGUCUCGUCCCUCACCGCCGUCUCCGCCUACGUCUCCAUGCCCGAAGACGUCUUCCGCAUCGCCGAGGGCUACCAAGCCACCCUCAUCGUCCUACCCUUCCACCAGCUGCUGACCGUCGACGGCGAGAUGGAGGACAUGAACCCCCAUGUGCGCGUCGUCAACCAGGGUAUCCUCGCCGACGCGCCUUGCUCCGUCGCGCUCCUCGUCGACCGCGGUCAACUAAUCGACCACGACUUCAAGUUUGCCAUCUACCACGUGGCGCUCCUCUUCUUCGGCGGGCCCAACGACCGCGAGGCGCUCCUCUACGCCAGCCGCUUCGCCAAGAGGCCCGGCGUCCACCUUACGGUGGCGCGGUUCGUGGUGGCCGUGGAUUCAUCGCAGGCGGCCAAUGCGAUGCCGGGGCUCUCAGGGGCCAGGGUGGAGCAGCGAAUCGACGACGAGUACGUAAGGGGGUUCAGGCAGCUGUUCGCGAGCCACGCGUCGGUGGCGUACGAGGAGAAGGUGGUUCGAGACGGCGAGGAGACGGUGAAAGCGAUCAGAGAGAUGGGAGACGCGUACAACUUGUACAUUGUAGGUAGGGAAGGGGGAGACUCAACUUCGGUGCUGUUGGCGAGCUUGUCGAACUUCGUGGAAUUCAAGGAGUUGGGGCCAAUCGGGGACUUGUUGGUGUCGGCGGAGUUCUCGGCGACGUCGUCGGUGUUGGUGGUGCAGCAGUACGUGCGGGAUCAGCAGACCAGGUGGAACACGGAGGGGUCGAGCCGGAGGGAUAGAAUGACGCGGCGCGACGGGUACAACUCCCUCCGCCGGUGA